UUAGGUUAAUUAAAGUCAAAAUUCUUGAAAAAAAUUUAAAAUUUAUUAAAAAAUGGCAAUGACCAUGGAAAGUCACCUUUACAAUCUAAAAAUUGCCGCGAAGCAACUCCAAAGAAAUUCUGUAAAGUGUGAAAAAGAAGAAAAAGUGGAGAAAUUAAAAACCAAAAAAGCCAUCCAAAAAGGUAAUAUGGAUAUUGCUCGUAUACACGCAGAGAACGCUAUUCGGCAAAAAAACCAAGCUGUUAACUUCCUAAGAAUGUCUGCGAGAGUUGAUGCGGUUGCAAAUAGGGUAGAAUCGGCCUUAAUGACCAGAAAAGUAUCACGAUCAAUGUCCGGUGUAGUUAAAUCGUUGGAUACAGCGAUAAAAACCAACAAUUUAGAGAGAAUAUCAGCUUUAAUGGAUACGUUCGAUCGACAGUUUGAAGAAAUGGACGUCCAAGGCAGUGUUAUUGAAUCUGAAAUGGGAAGAAGUACAACGAUUUCAACACCCGAAUACGAAGUUAAUGCUUUAAUACGAGAAGUAGCCGAUGAAGCAGGAUUGGAGUACAGAUUAGAAUUUGUUCCUGCACCACCCGGAGCAUCAAUUGGCGAAUUAGAAAGCGUGGAUGAAGACGAAUUAUCUCAAAGAUUAGCAAAACUUCGCAACUCAGGAAGAUAACAUUAAUAAUAACUUAUUAAGGUGUUAAAUAUAUUUUUGAAAAGUGCAAAUUGGUUGUAGGAUAUGUGAAUUUCUUCCAAAUUGCUCGAUGUCCUAUAAAGGACACUAAAGAUUUUGGAACGCCGGCUUAUCCCUGCGGCAGCCGGCAUCGGGGCGUAUUAUCGUUAAUAAUUAUGUCCCUGGUAAAAACACUUUUCGGUUCGGUUAAGGCGCGCCACAAGCGAAACACGAAACAGUGGCUGUGAUAAAUGCGGAGAGGGCCAAACCAGUUCUGACACUGCGGUGGCGUGGUUUCGGAAAUUUCUCUCUUCGACGACAUCGUCGUUCCACCACUGCUCCGUAAAACCGCCCCCCACCGGCCCCCGCGUUCAUGAUAAUUUUAAAUUCGGCUGCUCCCUUGCAUGGGACGGCUGCAACGUUGCCUUCGUGAAAAAUAACAUAAUAACAUAUUGCCCAAGCGACAAUUAUACACGCGCCACUUCGACCCGAAGGAGAUUUAUGUAGAAUAGUUUCAACGGGGUGGGCUUCGCAAAAGAUGAUAAUUUGUA